UACAGAGAGAGAGAGGCCAGCCGCGCAGACUGCUGGCUGGUGAGGGCGCGGCCUGCGGGACGAACGGGAGGAGGAGCGGGAGGAGGAAGGGGGGAAGAGGAGGAAGAGCAAUGGGAGGAGAAGGAGGAAGAGCUGUCAGGACAGGGAGGUCUUAAUCGUGGGAAGUAGAGGUCAUGAUGGAGAAAUGGGAUCGGAGAGGGAAGACGUAUCGUGGGACAGAGGUGGGGAUCGAUGGGGGAAAGUGGGGGGAAGGAAGCCGGGAUGGGGAGGGAAGUCGCCAGACGGAUGUUAGGGGAGGGAGGUCGGAGGAGGCAGUCGGGAUCGGGGGAUCGGUGGGGAUCGGUGGAGGGAAGGCGGGAUCGGGGAGAGCGCCAGGAUCCUUCACACUUGGUGAUGGAUACGAUGUAUGUUUGGUCUGCAUUCAAACAUUGAUUGGGCUAGUCAUUAGCAUUCCAGCAUUCUGCUUGGCGAUCUUGUGCUACGUGAAUGAGCAGCGCAUCUGUACCACCGCCAAUACCUCGAGUUCGAAGCCGAGCGAGACAGCUCCAAAGUUUGACGGGCAGGAGAUCUUCUGCGACUCGAUCAAGACAAAUCCGAUUCCAUGGUUCCGCAAGUUCGAGCUCACGUUGUUGCUCCACAACGUCAAAGAACACAAGCACCACGCAUACUUGUACUCUCGCUCAGGGGGCGCGUGCCAGGCUUGGUUGGACAACCUCUUGUCCAAGUACGGAGUGGUAGCUGCCGACUUGCACACCAAGAUCAGUUGGGAUGAUCUGAAGGCGGCGUGGCACAAGCGGUUCCAGGUUAAGCCGCCGGAGAUCAAAGCUAUGGACAAGCUCAUGGUCUUCGAACAAGGCACGCUGCCGAGUACCGACUGGAUCGCCGAGUACCAACGCUUGACGUCAGUCCCAGACAUCCAGAUGGGCUUCAAAGCCAUCUGCCAUUACUUCAUCUCAAGGUCUUGUCCGACAUUAAGUAAUGCCCUGACUCACGUCGAGGACACCUUGACGACGACGGCGGAACUCUUUGACAAGGCCGCGCAGAUCAUCAUUACGAACAAGGAGGCAAAGAAUUUGCGUUCGUCUGCAGCAGGCCCGAGCAGGGACCAGCAUCGGCCAAGAGUGGUCGUGGUCGCGACAGCAACGGCGUUUGACCAAACCAGCGAGGCUAAGUCUGCCAAUGAAGGGGACAGACUCGCAGCCGCCCGGGAAGGUGGCCGCCCCGACCCGCUCACGUCCGAGGACUUUGCAUGGCUUCCUCUCCCGACCACAGGCCGCUUGCUGGUACCGCAAUGCGCAGCACUAUGCGCUCAUCUCCACACUUACUUAUCCUUCUAUGCACCACCACCUUCGCCGAUGGGAGACGAAGUCACUGUGGGGGACAUCCUGGCGUAUACUACCAAGGUGGCCCGCGAGUUUCGCAUGCAGCGGUACGAUGACAACAACGCACCGCUCAUGUAUGUCCGCAUCCAGGUUGGGCAAGCGUCCUGCAGCGCUUUGCUGGAUAGCGGCGCGUCUCGCAAUUUCAUGAGCCAAUCCUUUAUGCAAAGGGCUGGCCUUGGCGCACAAGUUCGGAGGAAGGCAAACCCGACGGCGAUCAAGUUGGCGGAUGGGAAACCGCAGCAACUUCUCGACCGUUGCAUCGAGGCCGUACCGGUCUACUUCGCACCUCAUGCAUGCGCACCGGUGACAUUCGAUAUUCUCGACACGGACUUCGACAUCAUUCUGGGAAUGCCUUGGCUUGCAAGUGCGGAUCACACGGUCAACUUCCAUAGGCGGACUCUUAGCGUUCGCGACGCCUUCGGCGCAGAAGUGGCAUGUACUAUUCCUCUACCGCACCCUUCGAUUCGGUGCCAAGUGGUGACGACCAAAUCAUUCAGGGCGACUUGCCCUUACGAGCAGCCCGAUGAGAUCGGCCUAUGUUUCCUACGGACCGUCGCGGUAGCCGACGCUUCACCCACGGACUUGUCUUCGGGCCCCCGGGUGGUGCGGUUGCUGGACAAGUUCGCCGACAUCUUCGAGUCACCUACCGGUGUGGUGCCGGAUCGGCCGAUCUCUCACGAGAUCAUUCUUGAGGCCGGUGCCGUGCCACCGAAAGGUUGCAUUUAUCGCAUGAGCGAGGAGGAGCUUGAGGUCCUCCGCGCACAACUCGACGAUUUGUUGGCCAAGGGCUGGAUCCGCCCUAGCAGCUCCCCAUAUGUAGCACCAGUUCUCUUCGUCCGGAAGAAGAACAAGGAUCUACGAUUGUGUAUCGACUACCGCAAGCUCAACGCGCAAACCGUCAAGAAUGCGGGGCCUCUUCCUCGCAUCGACGAUCUGCUUGAGCGACUGGGCGGUGCAAAGUGUUUUUCCAAGUUGGAUUUGAAAUCAGGAUAUCAUCAAAUCUCGAUCCGGCCGAACGAUCGCUACAAGUCCGCGUUCAAGACACGGUACGGGCAUUUUGAGUGGGUGGUCAUGCCUUUUGGCCUCACCAACGCCCCGACGACCUUUCAAGUGGCAAUGACCAAUGAGUUCCGUGCAAUGUUAGCCGGUCAUUGGAGGAUCAUCUUGGACAUCUUCGACGAGUGUUGGAGACGCUCCGCCGCGCCAAGUACAAGGCCAACCGCGACAAGUGCGAAUUUGUCCGGCAAGAGCUGGAAUACUUGGGCCACUUUGUCACACCGGAGGGCAUCAGUCCGCUAUCAGACAAGAUUCAAUCCAUCCAAGAGUGUCCGGAGCUUCGAAAUGUCACGGAUGUCCGCUCGUUCCUUGGUCUCGCCGGCUACCAUCAGCGUUUCAUCAAAGGCUACUUGAAGAUCGCUGCCCACUUGACCAAGCUCCAAUGCGAGGAUCG